AUCAUGUAAGGGAAACGCUCGUCCUGUUGUAGCUUCUUGUGGAACACCGCUCCGUGUUGAUGGCUGGCGUUUACCUGUUAACAGCCAGGAUAUAGCUGAAAACUGAAGUCCCUGUGGCCUGUUAUCGUCGCCUUUUAUAAGGUUCAAUUGUUGUAGCUGAACCAGGCUCCACUGUUAUGGACGAACCAUGAAGGCCCAACUACAAGUCACGGUGCUUUCAGCCAAGCUGAAGGAAAACAAAAAGAACUGGUUUGGUCCCAGUCCAUACGUCGAAGUAGCUGUGGAUGGCCAGUCAAAGAGGACUGAGAAAUGCAGCAACACACACAGUCCGAAAUGGAAGCAGGCGCUCACAGUAAUUGUGACUCCAGUCAGCAAGCUGAUCUUUCGUGUUUGGAGCUAUCAGACACUGAAGGCCGACAUCCUGUUGGGAAUGGCCACAUUGGAGAUCAGUAAGACCCUCAAGGCUAACGACCUGAAAUUAUGUGAGGUGGUGCAGACGCUGCAGCUGUGCUCUGACAGAGACCCCAAUGACAUUGUUGGUGAUCUGUCAGUGUGUCUGGACGGCAUGCAGGUGGAUCCUGAAACCUUUGCCCUGGCAGAGAGAGAUAAAGCUCCUCUUCCAAAUGGAAAUAUGAGACAAAAUGGAGAUACUGGCAACAGAUCGAGCAGGGACACAUCUCCGUCCAGUGACUCAGAGGAGUGGGUCAUUGUACCAAAUGGUCACGCUGUCAACGGCACAGAUUCUCCAUCACGGUCUCCAGGCGGCUCCGCGUCCUCACGUCCUCCUAGACCUGUCCGACCUCCCCCCUCCAUGCCACGCAGACCAGCAGCCUCACCAACUUCGACCAGUAGUUCUUCCCCUAGUGAGCUGAGUGAAGGUCCGGCCUCCGAUGGCUCCUCUCAGGCAUCAGCUAGUGGAUGUUCAGAUCAGCAUGAUGAAUCAGGUGCAGCAGCAGCAGCAGCAGCAGCAGGAGCGACAGGGACAGCGAGCGCCCCCCAGGCUGCAAGUGGCCCCAAACCUGGGACCUCUACUCCAGCAGCUCAGGCUACAUCAGCUCCCAGAGUCACUCCUGUAAACAACGGCCCCUUGCCCCCAGGGUGGGAGCAAAGAGUAGACCAGAAUGGACGGGUGUACUAUGUGGACCACAUUGAGAAAAGGACAACGUGGGACAGGCCUGAUGCUCUGCCUACAGGGUGGGAGCGCAGGGUAGAUCCCAUGGGUAGAGUGUACUAUGUGGACCACAUAACCCGAACUACCACAUGGCAGCGCCCCACACAGGAGUCAGUGCGCAACUACGAGGAAUGGCAGCACCAGCGCAGCCAGCUCCAGGGAGCCAUGCAGCAGUUUAACCAGAGGUUCAUUUAUGGGCUCCAAGACCAAUUAGCAGCCACAGCUAAUAAAGAGUUUGACCCGUUGGGACCGCUACCACAUGGCUGGGAGAAGAGAACGGACACCAACGGCAGAGUGUAUUUUGUUCAUCACCCAACUCGGACGACACAGUGGGAAGACCCCAGGACGCAAGGGCUGCUGAAUGACAAGCCCUUGCCCGAGGGUUGGGAGAUGAGGUUCACCGUGGAUGGUAUUCCGUAUUUUGUAGAUCACAAUAGACGAACGACCACCUACAUUGACCCCCGCACAGGGAAAUCUUCGCUCGAGAAUGGGCCACAGAUAACGUAUGUCAGAGACUUCAAAGCCAAAGUGCAAUACUUCAGGUUCUGGUGUCAGCAAUUGUCGAUGCCUCAGCACAUUAAGAUUACAGUCUCAAGAAAGACCUUGUUUGAGGAUUCAUUUCAGCAGAUCAUGAGUUUCCACCCUCAAGAUCUCAGGCGGAGGCUAUGGAUCAUUUUUCCAGGGGAGGAAGGUUUGGACUACGGAGGUGUGGCCAGGGAAUGGUUCUUCUUGCUGUCUCACGAAGUACUGAAUCCCAUGUACUGUUUGUUUGAGUAUGCUGGCAAGGACAACUACUGUCUUCAGAUCAACCCUGCCUCUUACAUCAACCCUGAUCACCUCAAGUACUUCAAGUUCAUAGGACGCUUCAUUGCUAUGGCCUUGUUCCACGGCAAAUUCAUCGACACAGGGUUCUCCCUGCCCUUCUACAAGCGGAUUCUCAACAAACCCCUGGCUCUCAAAGACCUGGAGUCCAUAGAUCCCGAAUUUUACAAUUCACUCAUUUGGAUCAAGGAUAAUAACAUAGAGGAGUGUAGUCUGGAGAUGUUCUUCUCCGUUGACAAGGAGAUCCUGGGGGAGGUCACCACCCACGAACUGAAACCCGAUGGAGGGAACAUCCAAGUAACAGAAGAAAAUAAGGAGGAGUACAUCAGGCUGGUGGCAGAGUGGAGGCUGUCCAGAGGUGUGGAGGAGCAAACGCAGGCAUUCUUUGAGGGCUUCAACGAAGUUCUCCCACAGCAGUACCUUCAGUACUUUGAUGCUAAGGAACUAGAGGUGAUGCUGUGUGGGAUGCAGGAGAUUGACUUGGUGGACUGGCAGAGAAACACAAUCUACAGACAUUACGCCAGAAGCAGCAAGCAGAUCAUCUGGUUCUGGCUGUUUGUGAAGGAGAUGGACAAUGAAAAACGGAUGAGACUACUGCAGUUUGUCACAGGAACCUGUCGUCUUCCUGUCAGUGGCUUUGCUGACCUGAUGGGGAGCAAUGGCCCACAGAAGUUCUGCAUUGAGAAAGUGGGAAAAGAAAACUGGCUUCCACGAAGCCACACAUGCUUUAACCGUCUGGACCUCCCUCCGUAUAAGAGCUAUGAGCAACUGAAGGAGAAACUCAUGUUUGCCAUAGAGGAGACAGAGGGCUUCGGACAAGAGUGAUGCAGUGGGGAAUGGGACAGAGCAGCAGCGUGGAGGAGCCAUAUCCAUUUCAAAGCACUUUCCGGACUUUCCUUGCAGCCAGUAGCUGACUCUGGUAGUUGGACUUGAUCGUUAUUGUCUGUCUCACUAUAACAUUUACAUAAAACUUCUGAUCUCACUAUCAAUUAAUUUGGUCCGCAAGCCACCAGUGAAUCCUCCCCACCCUGUUUCACUUCUUACUCACUUCUCCUUAAUCCAACUGAUUUUCACUUCGCCCUCAAACCGCUGUCAUGCGAUGAGGCAGAGGAGACACCUUUCUCCCUCCCGUCAUGUCCGCACUUGCUGUAUGUUGAACAAGCGCAGUUUCGACAUUUGCAUCUGAUGUAGUAAAAAAAGAACCCGGCCUUUUUGGGUCUAUGCACUAGAAUGAAUUAUGUCUGGGGGAAAAAAAAAACACAUUUGCGCAUUUUGACUUAAAAUAUGAAGCUUAAUAUCUGAAGGCAUCAUCAGGUUUGCAUGGUUUGAAAUUGUCUCGGAUGGAUAACUUUUCCCCCCAAAAGAUGACUGUACUGACUCCCAUAGCACAUUUGCAGUUUAUUUAAAAACUUGGAUAAAAACUGAUUAUGCUAAUUGUAGAAAUAUUUUAUCUUACGUUGAUAGGUUGAUUUCUGAACUGUUUAAUGAGGUAAAUGGUUGAACUUGUUUGCACAUGGCUAUGUGAGCAGUAGGAGGGUUAGGAUUGUUCUUAAGAGAGGCUGUAUUUUUAUGUGCAAUAGUUUUGUAGAAAACAUUUUUGCCAAUAAUGUAACCAAACUGUGGUUUGUUUGAUCAUUUUUAUAAGACUUUGGAGAUUUAGUAUUUACUAUUGAUUUAAAACCCACUAUGAAAUAGACAUUUGUGUACUUGGGAGUGUAUUCGUGGAAGCUCCUUUGGUUGUAAUGUGAUUUGACCAAGUUUAACAGGACCGCCACUGCUGUAAAAAAUGUCAGCAUGUUACACUAUGGAGGCUCACAGUCAUUUGUCAGUCAGGGAAACUGAAGCUGUGAAGGCUUGACAAUUAUAAGAUGUUACCGAUGACGUGGGAGCGUUAUAUAAGAGAGAUUUAAAAAAAAUAACAAUAAUGACUCAUUCCCACUGAAUGGUAACCAAUCCUCUCCUAAUUGUCAAGAGUUAAGUAUUUUUGUCAGUGGCCGUGAGUGAUCAAGACACACUUUAACUGCCCGAGUAAACUACUAAUAUUUUCACCAGUUUGACGACACGUAAACAAGCUUCUCAAACUUGUUUCUUAGUUUACUUGUGCGAAUAUACCCGGGCCACUGUAUAUCUUAGACGACUAAGAAGCAUUUUAAUCUGCAACCGAUGCAGUUUAUGUAAAUAUGCUCGCAAAAUUUUAAACAUAUGUUUUAAUAUCUAGCUCGAAUAAACCAUUCAACCGGUGAAGCCCUUGGAGCUGUGGGUGUGAGAAUUAGGAUUUGAAUUAAAAAUAAUAACAAGUGGCCCUAGUUUUAUAGGGUGUAAGGUUUUCAGACCUGUACAGUAAUGUUGCAAUUCAUGUUCUUUUUUUUUUUUUUUUUUCUGCAGAAAUCCUCUGUUAUCAUUAAACUUCAAAGUUUAUUUUUAGUACUCGAUACUGUAUCACUUUUAGACCAUGACGGUGGAACCACUCUACCAAAGGGGUUAAAUUAAUUUAUUUGUGACUUACUCUUAAGUCAUUGGGGUAAUCAUCCCAUAAAUAAAUAAUUUUCCCAUCGCAUACAAAUUAAUCAAAUUUGUUCACUGUUACCCACGAAAAUGUAACUACUCUGUAUCUAACAUCUUUGUACCUAAUUGUGAACAAAUUUUCAGUAACACUUAGCUCUCAAAGCAGUGGUAAAGAAGCUGUCGUCUUAAUCUCGUCGUUCUCUGUCACUGUGAUUUGUCUUCUUGGGUUGUGACGUGAGGCAAGAACAUUUCAGCCAUCCAUCAAAAAACACGUGUAUCUUAGACAGUGGGAGUGGGAAAUGUCUGUAACGCCAACCCGAGGUGCGCAGGCCAGGAGUGGUACGAUCUGCUCCCGUCAGUACAAGCGCGUACUGCACAAAGAGCGCACGAAUGAAAAUAAACACAUUUAGUGUCUAUAGCACAAUGACUGCCACCCACAAAUAUUUAUGAAGAUCUGAAGGAUCACGACAUUAAUGAGCCUCCUGCUAAAAUUCAGUUGUAUUUCUACAGUAUUCACUUGUGAUGUUACUGCAUCUGAUUCUUUGCUUGGUUGUCGAAAAAACAGAUUUGUAAUGUGGUAUUUUCUAAUGAUGGUAACUGUCCAAACCUCGAGCUUUGGAGGUGUUUGUGUAUAGGGAGCGUGGUGUAAAUGAUGAUGAGCUGUAAUUUUCAAUAUGUGUCGCCAGCAACUGAAAAUUUAAAACUUCGCUCUCAGCAAGGGUGACUUUCUUGUUUUACCAUGUGUCCUGUCAUGAGGCCGUACAAUGCUGUUUCUUUUCUUUCUAUCCACACUGAACUGACCGCAUCAAUAUACCUUCACAUACCAUUUAUUGCUCGGCUAUGUCUUUCUCACAGUCUCAUCUAUUUUUUUUUUUUUUUUACUGACAGUAGUUCAGCUCCCACCUACAGAACUCAUUGUGUAGCUGCUAGUGUGCAGAGUAGUGAAGAGAUAGUAGUGUAAACAUAAAUGAAUGAAUUAAACCUUUUGAAAGUGUUGACUGUUGAAUAUUUUAACAGGUGACAACUAAUAAUAGCACCUUGACACUCAAGCUGCUUUAAUUAACCACUGUGUUCCAGACCAUGGGGCAAAUGAAUAUAUAGAAAUAUGCAAAAUAGAGUUUUAGUUGUACUGAUUGCAUUGUAAUUCAUGUUGAUAGUGUAAUCACUGUUUUUAUUUUUUAUUUUGAAGCUCCUUUUUUUUCUAUUGAUAAGUGGACAUCUAUGGGUGAAUACUAUUUAUUAGGAGGAUGUGUUUCCUGUAACAAUGGAUUGGAUUGAUCGAGGACAAAAAAAAUAAAACAGUACAGAAACUUGGAAA